AUGGUGCUCCAAGAUCUCGGGCGGCGCAUCAAUGCCGCCGUCUCGGACCUCACCCGCUCGCCGAACCUCGACGAGAAGGCCUUCGAGGCCAUGCUCAAGGAACUCUCCAACGCUCUCGUCGAGGCCGACGUCAACGUCAAGCUGGUCAUGAACCUGCGCCAGUCGGUCAAGCGCACCAUCGACUUCAAGAACCUCGCCCCCGCCGUCAACAAGAAGCGCCUCAUCCAGAAGACCGUCUACGACGAGCUCGUCAAGCUCGUCGACCCGCACGCCGAGCCCUUCAAGCCUAAGAAGGGCAAGCAGAAUGUCAUCAUGUUCGUCGGUCUGCAGGGUUCCGGAAAAACAACGUCGUGCACAAAGCUGGCGCGCUGGUACCAGGCGCGCGGCUUCAAGGCCUGUUUGGUCUGCGCAGACACCUUCCGCGCCGGUGCCUUCGACCAGCUGAAGCAGAACGCGACCAAGGCGAAGAUCCCCUACUACGGCAGCCACACCGAGACGGACCCAGUGGUCGUCGCAGCCGAGGGCGUGGAAAAGUUCAAGAAGGAGCGCUUCGAGAUCAUCAUCGUGGACACGUCCGGACGCCACAGCCAGGAGCAGGACCUCUUCGACGAGAUGGUGCAGAUCCAGAACGCCGUGCGUCCCGACCAGACCAUCAUGGUCCUCGACGCCACAAUCGGCCAGCAGGCCGAAGCCCAGGCCCGCGCCUUCAAGGACGCCGCAGACUUUGGUGCCAUCAUCAUCACCAAGACCGACGGCGCCGCCGCAGGCGGAGGCGCCAUCUCCGCCGUCGCCGCGACCCACACGCCCAUUGUCUUCCUCGGAAACGGAGAGCACAUGCUCGACCUCGAGCGCUUCAGCCCGCAGCCCUUUGUCUCCAAGCUGCUCGGCAUGGGCGACGUCGCCGGCCUCGUCGAGCACGUGCAGUCGCUCAAGCUCGACCAGAAAGACACCAUUAAGCACAUGGUCGAGGGCAAGUUCACCAUCCGCGACCUGCGCGACCAGCUCUCCAACGUCAUGAAGAUGGGCCCGCUGAGCAAGAUGGCGGGCAUGAUCCCGGGUCUCAGCAACAUGAUGGGCGGCAUGGACGACGAGGAGGGCAGCCUGAAGCUGAAGCGAAUGAUCUACAUCUGCGACUCCAUGACGGAGAAGGAGCUCGAGUCCGACGGCAAGAUGCUGGUCGAGCAGCCCACGCGCAUGACCCGCAUCGCGCGCGGCUCCGGGACGAGCGUCCGCGAGGUCGAAGAGCUGCUCACGCAGCACCGGAUGAUGGCCGGGAUGGCAAAGCGGAUGGGCGGCAUGCAGAAGGGUAUGCAAAAGGCGCAAGGCGCCAUGGGCGGGCUCAACCAGAAAUCACAGAUGGCCGCCAUGCAGCGGCGGAUGCAGUCCAUGGGCGGCGCGGGUCGCGGGGCCCCUGGUGGGAUGCCGGACAUGAGCGCGAUGAUGAAGAUGCUUGGCGGCGGUGGUGCAGGCGCAGGCGCAGGCGGAAUGCCAGAUAUGUCCGCGCUGCAGUCCAUGAUGGGCGGGCUCGGCGCCACAGACAUGGGCGCGAUGAUGAACAUGAUGAAGGGAAUGGGAAUGGGUGGCGCGGGUCGAGGAAAGCGGUAG